AUGGUUUAUGAUAUAUGCCUCAAGAUUAGAGACUUAGGAGAUAUCUAUGGGUCAUUCGUCAAGUCAACCAUCCAUAGCAUUUACUUGAGUAAUGCUAUUUUAAGUAAAUCCGCUGGCGUUUCCAUUUCACUUUUCAAAAUAGAAAAAAAGUACGUAAUUACUGUUUCUAGAAUGGCAGCACCAUCUUUUGACAACUUCACGGAUGAGCAGUUGCAGCAAGUAAUUGUGCUCAAGAACCCAGCAUAUACACAGGCUGCUCAGAAGAUUCUAGAGUCAAGAAAAAAAAGCACAGGCAUAAAUGAUGAGGCUAGGCCGUCGACAGUUAAAACUAGCAAAGUAGAAAGCCAAAAGACUGCAUCGAUAAAGGCUAGUGGCUCUGCACAACAGGAAAAGAAAGAGUGGGACCAGUUUGAAGCAAACAGAAAGCUGUUUGGUGUUGAACCUACAUUUGAUGUUGAUGAAUAUGCCUGCACUAUUGACAGAUCGGCACCUGAGUAUACUUCCACAGAAGCACAGGCUGAGAAAAUUGCCAAAGAGCUUGCAUCCGAUACUUCGUGCUCACGUAAAAAAUCUGAAGUCACAGAAGAUAUGCUUUACUCUACAGUUAGACCCACUGAAAAGUGGGAUAUGAUGCAUAGUGCUGAAAGAUUGCCAGCAGCUGCUACCGAGGUUGUGCCUGUGAGCAAAACAGCUGAAUUAAAAAAACAGUUGGAAAGCAUUGAUAAGGAAAUCACCCAGUCAUAUCAAGAUUUUCAGAAGGAGGGCUGGAAUGCUAUUGCUAAGUUGUUGAACAAGAAAAAGACAAUUACAAACGAGCUAGAAGCGCUUUCAAACCCAACAGCCAAGCAGGAGAUGGCACUUCCAUCUAAAGAGGAAGUGCCAAAUAAAAUAAAGAAAGAUGUGGAAAGCCCAAGUAAACAGAAGACAAGCACACAUGAUGGAAAUGAAGGCAUUCAGGCCAAGCCUCAAAAGAGCAAAGAAAGACCUGCACAGGGUGCCAAGAAGCAUACACAAAAUGAGCAAAAGCAUCAGAAGCAGUCUCAGGUUGAAACACCAGCCAAGUUCAAUUCAGCAUCUGAAAUUAUUGAGCUCAUUAUCAAAAACUUCAGCAGUGUAAAACAACAGGAGCACAAGCACAGCUGGUGCGAUGUUCAGAAUUUAAAAGAGAAUCCAUAUGUCCAUUUAAAACCACUUGAGUCAUUUGAUUUCCCUGCAUCAAAGGUUCAAGAAAUUCAGGAUUUUCAAAAGACAAGUAGUGAAAGGAGAUUUCAUUUGCCAAAGACUUUUAAGUGA